GAAAAAAGCGAAAAAAAAGGCAAAAGAGGGCUGCUUUCAUCUUAUUGCUCUCGCGCAUCCGCCUAAAUUGAUUAUUUCGGCCUUCGAAAGGGGUGUUUGCGAGGAGAAAAGCGUGAAAUUAGUGCAAAACGUAGCCAGUUUGUGGUUUUGUUGCAUGAAUUGCACUGAAUUAGAUCUCAGCUUUUGUCGCGAAGUGUCACCGGUAGUUUUCGAGACACUUCCGAUGGCGUAACAGGACGAGAGGGAGUGAUCAUUUGCCGUCGUUUCCCUGCUUCGUUGUGGAGGCUGGAUUUUUUGCGUGCUCCAAUUAAUUGGCCAAUUGGGGAGCUUUCUCUCUGUCUUUCCCUCGGUGGGUUCUAUAGACCGCAGUGGAAGUCGAACACUUGUUGUUUCGGCCGGAUAGUUGCACCAAUAAUAACGCAGUACCGUGACGGGAGAAAUCUUCAGGAAUGUCAACCUUUGAUGUGUACGAUCGGACCGCGUGGUACUUUGGUCCCAUGUCCCGCCAGGAUGCAACCGACCUGUUGAUGUGUGAACGGGAAAGUGGCGUGUUUCUAGUCCGCGACAGCCUAACUAUUGUCGGUGAUUAUGUACUUUGUGUUAGAGAGGACUCGAAAGUCAGUCAUUAUAUUAUCAACAAAAUCCCCUCGGCGGAUGACUGUUUUGUGUAUCGAAUUGGCAACCAGACAUUCUCCGAUCUGCCAGAUCUAUUGACAUUCUAUAAGUUGCACUACCUGGACACAACACCGUUGCGGAGGCCAGCCAUCAGACGGUAUGAGAAAGUGAUAGGAAAGUUCGAUUUUGAGCGGAGCGAUCCGGAUGAUUUGCCAUUCAAGAAGGGGGAAAUUUUGGAGAUCAUCAGCAAGGAUGAGGAGCAGUGGUGGACGGCGCGUAACGGCCGAGGACAAACGGGUCAGAUUCCAGUACCAUACGUUACACGAUUCGAGGAGAACAUCCUCGACAGGCCUCCGAAUGCCACCGGGGCUGGCCCAAAUGUGCAUCACCAUGCGUCACCGGUGGGAGUGCAUCAUUCGGAAAAUUCCAACAUUUUCAAAUCGAACCUAAAUCGACAGCUGCCGGCUCUGGCCCGGGUGAAACAAGAGCGGGUACCGAACGCGUAUGACGAAACAGCACUCAAGCUGAACGUCGGCGAUGUGAUCAAAGUAAUCAAAACUAACAUUAACGGCCAGUGGGAAGGUGAACUGCGCGGCAAGGUAGGUCACUUUCCUUUCACACACGUAGAGUUCAUCGAUGACGAUGUGCAGCACUGGAGCGGACACUAAGAGUGACGUGACGUGACGUUAGGGAUUCGUUUUACCUGUUUCUAUUCAAUUCGAGAGAAGUCUAUUUAAAUUGUACAGAUUAUUUUAUGUUUAGGAUGUACGUUUCCAGUCAUUUAUAUUUUAUGUUUUACACGCGAAAGUAUCAUGUAGGCAGCCACUGUCAGGGGAUGAUCGAGUUUAGUGCGUAUGUAUUUAGGUUUAGCGAGCAUCGCGGGGGAGUAACAAAUUCAUUCUAAACCGACCGAAAAUCGUGAAGCACCCAAUUUAUUGAACAUAUAUAAAUAUUUAUCAGUAGACGUGUGUUCACCGCUGAUGGUGAAGCAACGCGGAAUGUGUUAUAUAAGCUGAAUGUAAAAUAAUAAUUAUAAUACGCAUCAAGUAAGUUUCAAGCUAAUGCAGGUUAAAACAAACAGCAACUAACAGUUACACGGUAAAGCCGACAAAAACAAAGCUGAACGAAUAGAAAUUCAAAAAAAAAAAACUCUUAAUAGCAGUGUCGUUCAAAAAAACAAAGUUCAUGGUUUAAAGUUAAUGCUAACAAUUUCGAAAUAACAUACACAGAAAACGGAAACCCUUUAAUUCUCGAUACAGAGCAAACUCUUGUGAUGUUCUGGAUGCUGUUUUUUAGUUUUUUCUGAUAUGAUUAACGUUACAAAAACAUUGAGUUACAUUGAGGACCCAAUCGUUUCGUUCGAUCAAACACAACCGUAAUAAAUUUUUCCGUCAUGCCAAGGAUUUCUCAGUGUUCAUCAAACACACUUAAAGUGGAAAGAUUGAUAUGAUUUAUCUCUGGUUUGCCUAGUUUGAAGCAAAAUUCAUGCUAGCUGGGAUCACUCGGUAUAUACUUGACCACGCUCUAGCAGUUAUCGACCCGGAGAUUCUCGCGUGCUGUUUGGGCGUGAUCCGCAAUCCGCAAGCUGAUGACAAAUAUACUGAAAUAAAAUAUCCAAAGGUGAAUGAAAUCGCAAGAGGUUGUAAUCUGGGUAACAACUACUACAUUUAAUGACUCUGAGAUUGACGUCGUCCCAGUAGCGCACAGGUCGAAAAGAAAAGCUGUACUAUGAUGCUGUUAGUGGUCUUAAAGGUAUUUCUGUCUCUAUGAGGAUUCUUUUCAAAGUUUGCUCGGAAUAUACGCAUUAUCUGAAUCGAACUCACGAGGUCGCGAUUGUAUGUCUUUGCCUACUCUAACUGGUAAUGUCAUAAGGUAGAGGCAACACUACGAUGAACACCUUAACAGCGUGCAGAACAAGACGGUGUUGAUGAGGACUACACCGGUGCAGUGGUUUGGUUUUGAAUUAUAGAGAUUUUAAACUCUAAGAGUUCAUUCGUCUCUUAGGCUGGUGCUGUGAACAAUGAAGACGUACCACCCCCGACGAUGGGUAAUUAAGGAGGCCAUUAAUAAAAUCUGCAAUGGAUGUCCGGGAAAACUUGUAGAGUAUAUGCACCGGUUAAUAGUCUGAAUCUGGGACAGCUACCGGAGGAGUGGAAGGACGGGGUAAUCUGGCCCAUCUAUUAAAAAGAGUGACUGCCGUGCAAUCACGAUCGUAGAUGGUGCCUACAAAAUCAAAUCCUCUUUCGCCGUCUAACGUCAAUAAUAAGUAGAUAUGUGGGAAGUUAUCUUCAAAUCUUCAAUAUGGUGGUAAUGAAGUGCAGCUAGAAUUUUGGUAGCUGGCGCAAAUAGCUUGAAAACUGUGGAAUCUGUUGUAUGUUUCUUGAAGUGUGAUUCUGUCGGUCAAGUGUAAAAUCAGUCGUCUUGUAAAAGUUCUGCCACGAACAGAUAUUGUUGUAAAUCUGUUCAAUACGAGCUGGUUUUAUUCCUGAAUAAUGCGUCAACAAAAAGCUGAGAGUAUCAAAUCAAAUCCCGCCUAUUGUACCUCAAAGAAUCUCAUCACCUCAGCCAACAUGAGUACAAGAAGAAAUGCCAUUAAAUGCGGUACCAAUAUGGAACCUGAUGAAGUGACAUACGGUGAGAACGAUGAUAUGACCAUUUCCCAGUUAGCUACUCGAAUAUCCAAGCAGCUUUCCACCACGAAGGAUGAUCUCUCAAAACAGAUGAACGCUCAAAUUAACAAUCUCAGAAUGGAAAUCGAGAAGGACCUGGACCUCAAGCGAUCUGUCGGAAUCGUUUAAGACUCACAGGGGAUUUCGACAAGGCGAUCGACUCUCCUAUCUGCUCUUCAAUGUGGCACUGGAAGGUGCGCGAUUUUCAACAAGUCUAAUCAGUUCACCUGCUUCACCGACGACGUUGACAUAAUCCGAAGAACACGUGAGACGGUAGUGGGUUCGUAUGAAAUACGAAGCAGGGCUGAUUGGGCUUGGAAUCAACGCGUCUAAGGCUAGAUACAUGCUAGCAGGAGGGGCUGAUCGCAACAGAGUACUUUUUGGUAGUAGUGUUGUGAUCGACGGCGACGAGCUCGAGGUGGUAGAGGAAUUUGUCUACCUUGCCUCGUUGAUAACAACUGACAACAACAACAAUCGUGAAAUUCGAAGACGCAUAGUCAAUGGAACUAUGGGCUCCGCAAAUCCUUAAGGUUCAACAACCUCCGACCCCGUACGAAGUGUACCAUGUACAAAUCCCUAAUUAGACCGGUUGUGCUCUAUGGACAUGAAACAUGGACAAUGCUCGAAGAGGAUUCACAAGCACUUGCUCAGAAGUGCUCAGAACAAUAUACGGUGGUGUACAGGAAAACGGAGUAUGGAGAGGGAGAAUGAACCACGAACUGGCGCAACUCUUCGGCGAACCCAGCAUCCAGAGAGUCACCAAGGCCGAACGAGUGCGACAGCAGUUCUGCAAAGAUAGCGUUCUCAUCGAAACCGGUAGGAACAAGAGGGAGAGGAGCCCAGCAAGCAAGGUGGUUGGACCAAGUGGAGCCGGACUUGGCAAAAAUCGAUGCAGCCGAGAGUUGGAUAACAAUGUUUUGAAUCAGAUCCAAUCUCUUCAAGGGAUGUAGCAUCAUUGCAGAUGAAAAAAAUAAAUAAAUAACUUGGUACUGCUGCUGUUGAUCAGUAUAAUUUUUGUGUUGGCGCAAUUCCCAAUACCUAUGCCGUUUGAUGGCCUUAAAUUUUGCAGAUGCUGCUCAGAGAGCGCGUUUCUCUUCGAUGAAAACAAAUGAUAAUCGGAAAGAGUCAAGUCUGAUGAAUAAACCACAUGCGUUACUUGAUCUCAAUUGAGUAGCUGGGUCAGGGAAACGAUCUAAAAACCCCUUUAUCAUUGGUUUAUUGGUGUUCGGGUAACUGUUCUUUUCAUUUCUCCAUUUGAGCUGGUUUUCCGAUGGUUCUGCCACAUUUAUUCAGUUUGCUUUUGACAAUUGCCCAAUAUCUCUCAAUAGGACGAAAAUCUUUACAAUUUGGUGGAUUGAUAGUUUUUUCAAUGAAAUCGAUCUUGUCCUCCUUGUACUUGUAUUCGACUACAUUCCGGCUGUAAUGGCAGCUUGUCAAGUUAGGCUAGAAUCACAGACCUUCGUGUAAUCGAAUAAAUGACAAAAUCCAGUUCUGAAGACGUUCCUCCCUGUGAACUUUUCCAUUCAUUGUUGCCCCAGUGAUGAAAACCUUUGUCUUCUCUCCACAGUUACAGAUCCCUUGCCAAAUCAUCAACUUACGGGCAAAUUCAACAAAUUUGAGCCUACCCGCAACACCUCCUUACGCUGGGCAAGGUAAAAUUUGUUCGUCGUACUGUGGCUCGCCAUGAUUUUUUUCGCCAAAUCUCGCUAGGAGAGCACAGGAUUGUUAUGGACUGCUCGAAUUACCUUUGCUCGUAGAUUCCGGUCAUAUAUUCCACCUCUAUCCCUGAUUGGUUCCACUCGAUCAAACCCAAGGGUCUCCCUGUAACGUUUGACUACGGUAUUCACAGUCGAUUUAAGAAAUUUCAGGAAUUUUGUGAUCUUUUCUCCUGGCCACGUCGGGUUCUGAACGUGAGUGUGUAGAAUGCAGGCGGGAAAAAGUCUUUCGUGUUCCAUCGUCGAUAAAUUUUGAAUGUGUCCUUCAGUCUUAAUGAAAUUUUCACUAUUGAAUAAACAAACCAUCCGGAUCAAGAUGCUGUCAAUAGUUUCUCGAUGUGACAACUAGGGGCGUGAAUAAAAAUAACCGACCAAAUUCGGCAUCUUUGCACCCGAUGAUGGAACCUUUUAUAUUCCGCAGAGAUUGACUUCGCUCUGUGCGCCGCUUUUAUGGCUAAAAUUCUAAAUGGGUGAUUCACAAUUUCACAUCGUCUAGUUGAAUCUCCCGUGUGACCAAACCGGUUGGAUGCUUCGUUAGUUGCAAUGCUACUCUGUCCAGUAUCAGGUAACAGGUUCCCAUGGGGUUUGGAGAUUGUUUUAAGCAAAGUUCAAUUAAGUGGCGUGGUUCUCAAGGUUGUGGUAAAACGAUAAUCCAAAGAUCUGCAGCGUUUCACGGCGUGGAAAUAAGCCGUUAUAUAGUUUAACUGGGAGUUGGGACUCUAGUAUAUGUGACAUCACCAGAGGGUUGCUUUACUGCGCAGAGAUUUUAAACCCUCUAUUAGCUGCCCCCGGCCGAUAGCUUUGGUAGUUGUUUGCAUCCUGAUGCGUGGGUUUUGCGCGUGUCUCCUGCCGCCACUAGGAGAUUGGCGUUGACAACUACGGAACCUCUUCACAGUAGAACCUGAAACAGGUUAUUCAGGUGGUUAGGAAGAGGGGACGGCAAGAACGAAGCCUUGAGAUAUCCCAGACUCCUCGUGGAAACUUCUGGAACUGUUUCCUAUUUUGAUCCGAAAUCAAUUUUUUUUUCGAAUUUUGGUUUUCUUGAAGGUCCGAAUUGUGGCGAAAUUCUUGAUAAUGUAUAGUAAUUUCCCAUCCACAUCCCAAAACGCCUGCGUCGCCAGAACCAGCGGGAUUUACGUACGAUUCUAUGUCAUUUCCAAGUCCAGGUCUACCAUCUAAACAUGCUGAGGAUUCCGUUGGCUUCAGUUAUCACCUCCCCAAGGAGCUCAAAGUAUGUGGUGGUGCACAUACUCGGCCGGAAAACGAACUAUUCCGCCGGAAAUUCAGUUUCCUGUUUUCGGACAGAAAAUUGACCAGACAUCUGUUCACCAUCACUGGAAAGGAUGUACGGGAGAUCAAGGAAAUUGGCUGGUGACCUUUAGCGGCGUUGCUUCUCUGGCCGAUCUUGGGUAUGAGUAUUAUGAUGCUGUCUCCAACCCUCAGGGAAUUCGAACCUUGACCUGAGGUCGUUAAAGAUGUUGACGAAGGUGGUGGCCAUAGCAGGGACAGUUGUUUGCACAAAAGUUCUCUCCAGUUGAAGUGAAAUAUUCAACAUUCGGUCGAGAGAAGACAGCAGUGUAGAUGUUCAUGCAAUAUUUUCGGUACUCAAGUUUCAAUAUACGAAGGGAUAUUACCAUCUGAAAUGCUUUUUGCUACCAUUUGUUCACUUGAGUAGAAUAAUUGAAAAGCAACCGUUUUGGCAAUAAAUGGCAAAGUUUAGUGACAACUUGCCAUCUUCUGUAACGAACUCACAAAUGCCACGAUAAGCUUCUAAUAAAGAUACAGCUUAACAACAAUUCAUUCCGUAGGAUCCUAUAAAGUGCAAACGUCUUUGUAAGUACUGUCAAAAUCAGUAAUCGGAGUCUCAUUAGAGCUUCUGUUCACAGGCCAUAUAAAUGACCAUUUGAUUCCGUGGAUCAAAUCAGGAAAAAAAAUUACCCGGAGCAUUAACCACUCGACUACGGAAGCCAUUAAGAGGAUACGUGUCUCUAUGUGGUUUACGAAGGAGAGAUAUGAUUUAUUUAUGUUUGUUUUGUUAUUGGUCAUUGACACAUGAGACGAAAAGUGUGGAACAACUUCUCAAGAAUUCGAGAAAAGCAUUGUAGAAAACAUUACUAUUGCACGAACCAUUAGAAAUAUUUGAUAACGAUGCUAUACGACAUACAUAAGAUAAGAUGAUUUGAGCUAUGUUUAUUCCAUCGUCUUUUAUAUCAGCUCAUCGGUAGCUGGUUGGUUGGAUGAUCAACGAGAACUUGCUGUAUUUGGUGUUGUAAUAAAACGAUUGCCAGGGAUUGUUAGCGACGCAGUGCUGGUCAUUCUUUAACAUAGUCAUUGUUUUAUAUAGCAUUCUAAGACCUUAUAUUUGCCUCCCAAAAUCCUGAAACAUUAGGUUCAAUUCAAGCACAAAUUAAUGUAACUAGAACAACGAUUCCGUAACUAAUUCAGCCGGAGAAAAGCAAACAAUGGUCAACGCAGCUGGAGUAACGAUCUGAAGACCGGCAUUCAAUGAUAACACAAAUAUGAUCAAAUCUUUAUAUCGACUAAGUUACGGGGUUUCCGAGAAUACACACGACACAAACAAACGUACUAAAUGAACCAAACAAACGAAGAAUAUGGGUCCAGAGCAGUGUAGCGAAACCAGCAACAACAACUCCGUCAAAUAGUUAGACUUUUCUCGCAAAUCUAUAGCAGUUAACUAACAAAAUAACAGUGUUGUGAGUAGCUAACAGCCAAGGAACCCACCACAGGAAACAACCCUGCAAUCAACCUGUAACGCUCUGUUUCUGUAGUGCCGAGCUCACGCGAACGCGCAUUCUAACUAGUCUGUAUUCGCAGAUAUUUUUUUUUGUCAGAGACGGAACACGAAAUGAUGAUAUAAACAAUAUGAAAACUGAACAGAGAGUGUAUUUAGUAUAUUCUAAGAAGGCAGAAGUUAAAGGUAUAGGUAUAUAUAUUUUUAAAAGAUUUUUUUGCAACAUAUAUGACGAUGAUACGUAGACGGAAAAAGCAUUCUCUCAAAGAGAGGGCACCACGCUGGUAACGCUGGUAACGAGAAUAGUAUAUUUUUGUCGUUCUUUGAUAACACUUUUUUGUAUGCCGAUAAAACAGAUGCUAGGUUUAAUCAAUUGAUAUGAUUCGAUUCGAACAAUUACAACAAUAAUGCGUUUGAUGAAAAGCAAAAAUGAACGAAAGUAUGUUAUUUCUCCUCCGACUCCAGAAUAAUCAUUCGAAUCCCACAGAUGGCCAAUGUGAAGAAAAUAAUCUAUCGUCAAUCGGCACACGGUAAUAAUUUAUGUGCAAUAUGAGGAAAAAAAAGAAAAGAAAAACAAAUACAAUCCUAGCGAGUAAGUUUUCUCAAGGCUGAUUCGAUCUUAUAAUAACAACAGUAACAGCAACUAAAUCGUUCGUUUCACUUAAUAUUCCCUCUCCCAGUUGAAGGAAGAAUAAUUCCGACAGGAAAUCAGUAGCGGUAUUUACGAGUUAAAACAAACAUUUCUCCAAAAAAAACUGAAUAAAAUGAUAAAAAAACAUUAUAUUCUAUCACUAGUAUAGCGAAAAAUGGACAUUCAGGAAAUCUAAAACCGAUAUAUUUGUAGCUUGUAGAGUUUAGUUUAUGCUCCACGUAUGAAAUUAUUGCUCUAUAUAUAUAGAAGGAAAAGAAGUUUAUUUAAGAGAAAGAAAAAAAAAUAUAAUAAUUAAUAACGGCGCAGAAAUGGAUCCGUAACCAGGUGAGAUUAGAUAAUGUGGUCUAGAUGCAAGAAACGAAAAAGAGUGAAAUUCAAUCGUUGUAAAUUACAAUUAAAAUAACGGAAGUGCGGAGUAUAUAUGUAUGCGGAGUUUUUAUUUCAAUCUAUCCAACGACAGCACCAACAGCUGAUGGAUGAUGGAAGGAUAUCUUUUCGAAACAAAAAAAAAAGAAAAUUGAAUCAGUAGAGGCCGAGAAAAAAGAGGUUUACAAUUAUACAGCGCUAUAACCGAUGACAAAACAUUACCCGUCAUGGUACUAUCGGAAAUAAAAUCUUCAGUCAGAAUGCUUG